AUGGCUUCUCCCCUCGUUGUCGGUCUCAGUCUUCUUGGUGCCGGUCUUGCUGGCCGUGUAGGCUAUCAAAUGAUGCGGGCUUCCAGCGGAGGCGCAAAGGAGUUCUUGAAGGGAGGAUUCAAAGGCAAAAUGGACAGGUCGGAAGCGCUGCAAGUGCUGGGACUGAGAGAGCCUUUGACCUCCAACAAGCUCAAGGACGCCCAUCGUCAGCUCAUGCUUGCGAACCAUCCUGAUCGAGGAGGUGCCCCUUACCUUGCUGGUAAAGUGAACGAAGCGAAGGCUUUGCUUGAGUGA